AUGGCUGCCUCCGUUCUGCCAUUCCGCGACAUCAAUCUGCACGCUUCUUCUUCUCAUUAUGCCUUCACUUCACCAUCUUCUCCCAAUGCUCCGACACUUGUUAUUGAACGCCCGACCGGCGACUUGCGGCUCAAUAACGGCACCCUUUCCGGUGCUAAGCGCAUCUCUAGCAUUGCAGGCAUUCUGGGAAUCAUCAAGCUGAAGCUGGACAAAUAUAUCAUAGUUAUCACAAAGGCCCUACCCGUGGGGCGGCUACGCGGCCACAUGGUCUAUAAAGUUGCAGCGACCGAGUUCCUACCCCUGCGCGAGCGCUCUCUACAUGACUAUGAUGAGGAUACCUAUUUGGCCCUGUUGAAAGAGUUGCUUCGUACUGGUCCGAUGUAUUUCUCUUACGCCUUAGACAUCACCAACAGCUUCCAACGGCAGUCACAGAGUGAUCCUAACCUUCCCAUGUGGAAGCGGGCCGAUGAUCGAUUUUUCUGGAACCGGUUCAUUCAGUCAGACCUGAUAGACUUCAGUCUCGGAGAGCAAGAUACUACGGGUGUGCGCUAUGGACCACAACCCGGAGUCGACCCCUACAUCCUGCCUGUAAUGUUCGGAAUGCUACGCAUCACGCCAGCAAAGGUCAAAUCGACUUCGUUCACGUUUGCCCUCAUCACCAGAAGGUCCCGUCAUCGUGCUGGAACAAGGUAUUUCUCACGCGGAAUAGAUGAACAAGGCCAUGUGUCGAACUACAACGAAACGGAGCAGAUCGUUAUUUUGAAUGAUGCGACUGGGGGUCUUUCUGGAUUCUCGGGCGGCCAGCCCUUGGCAAAGGAAAAAUCUGGCGACUCGUCCCAAGAUCUCCAGGUCAUGGCGUUUGUGCAGACAAGAGGGAGCGUACCCGUGUAUUGGGCUGAAGUUAACAACCUCAAAUACACCCCGAAGCUUCAAGUCCGCGGAGUUGAAACUGCUGUUGACGCUGCUCGCAAACAUUUUGCGGAGCAAAUCCGUGUCUAUGGCGAGAAUUACUUGGUCAACCUUGUGAACCAGAAGGGCAGGGAAGAGCGUGUCAAAAGUGCCUAUGAGCAGUUGGUUCGCGUUCUAGUCUCGUCCUCAACCGAAACCACCGAAGCUGACGACAAAACUUCGGAGAAGGUGCACGCCGUAGAACCGGGUGUCAGACAGAAGGAAAUGGACCGACUUCACUACGUGUACUUCGAUUUUCACAAUGAGACUAAGGGUCUCAAAUGGCAUCGCGCAGAGUUGCUGCUGGAACGGCUGAUGGAUGGUCUAACACGAGGCGGUUACUUCCGCGGUGUGGAAAGUCCAGGUGCCCCUGGUGGUCAAUUGGAUGCACGCUCCGCGCAAACCAGCGUUGUCCGGACGAAUUGUAUGGACUGCUUGGAUCGAACAAAUGUGGUUCAAAGUAUGCUAGGACGUUGGGCCAUAACACGCCAGCUCAUUGAUGCAGGAGUCUUGCGGCCAGGGGAAGCAGCGAAUGACGAUCGCGAAUUUGAAAACCUGUUCCGUAACAUCUGGGCUGAUAAUGCAGAUGUUGUCUCCAAGUCCUAUUCCGGUACGGGCGCAUUGAAGACCGAUUUCACGCGAACUGGCGAGCGCACUCGAGCUGGUAUGCUGCAGGAUCUGAACAAUUCCAUCACACGAUAUGUGCGGAACAACUUCCUGGAUGGUCCCCGACAAGAUGGUUUCGAUGUGUUCUUGGGCACCUAUCUUCCCCCAAAUUCUACUCUGGGUAACAUUCAACUAUUCCUGGACCGCCGACCUCUCAUCAUCCAAUCUAUCCCGUAUAUCUUCGCUGCCGGCGUUUUCCUCAUCAUGGUGGCUACAUUUACCAGACGUCUGCCAGACUCCACUGUGUGGCCUUUGCGUUUAUUUGUUAUUUUCUGCUUCAUAGUUAGCGCCUGGUGUGCACGUUUCAUUCUUGCUCAUGGAAUGCUCUAUGUCAACUGGCCCAAAUUGAACACACCCACAGCAGGCUCUGAAGGGUAUCAAGACGCACUCAUAAAAGCUCGCUCAGACCCGAUAGUUGGCCAGCUCCUUCCUGCCAGAAGGCACCAGCGUGGCUACAGCAACGCUCGGCUGGUUUUCCUUGAGGAGGGAAAAACGAGGAUCGAGUAG